ACAUCUCAGCGUCUAGGUAUAACCAAGAGCCAGGCUAAAUACCUGAAGAGAGCAGUCAAACGGAAGCGAGAGGAGCUCCCAGAAUCUGAACCAAGCCAAGGCCUUCAAGGCUGAGGAUCCACUGAUACUCCUGUUUUUAUACGCCAAGGUGUUAAAAGACCUAAGAACUUUGAGAACGAAGAUUUUGACGAAACCACCACUUCUCAAACAAAGGAUUCAGCAGAAAAUCUCGAAGACUAGUUUUAAGCAAGAAAAUAUAUGCAAGGAUUCUAAUCUACUUCAAAUAUCCUUCCUGUUUCUUUCUUAUGCUAAAAGCCAAUGGUAAAUCACUUCAUAAAGGAGUCUAGUCAAGCUAAAGGACCAGUACUAGGCAAUACUCGUGACUAUCAAGCAGUCUGAUGCAGAAUGAGAGGUAUUCAUAAAUCUAAAUUUGUUCAUGCUCCUGAGUUUCAGUUCAAAAUCUGGUCAAGGAUAUUACAAAAACGCUAUGAUUUAUAGAGCCUAAAGAUAUUGAGAAGUCCUCCUUCUGAAAUCCUAAAGAGUAUAUAGGGUCUUCUGUAGGUCUCUGUCCCGCUAGUACUUUUUAUUCAUGUGCUUCAGAGGUCUCUUGGCAUGUCUUAUUGAGAUCCAUCUCUGAAAAUAUUGUCAAAGGCAAAGAAUGCAUGGGUAAUACUAAUACCUUAGAUAGCAUUUAUCCUAGCCAAGUGAAGAUUAGUAUUACUCGAAGCUCUGAAGGUCGACUAAAAGCCAAGUAUUUGUAUUCAACCAGGAAUUAAAUGCAAGAGAAGAGCUGGUCUAUGAUAGUCCUGCUAAUGAAAUUCUUCAUUAGGUUAUUGCUCAAUGGUCAUCCCUCAGUAUCGAUAAUUUAUGACAGGAUCGAUCCGACAAGCAAAAGUAUGAAGAGUAGUUUUCCGAGUAUCCUAACUGGUACAUACUUGAGUUUUUACUCAGGGAAGUGCUGAAAUGAAGGAAAAUAGGGAAGGGACUAAGAAGAAUCUGGCAAUCCUUCAGAUAAUGAUCAUCAAGUCACAUGUGCUUUGUUAAGAGCCAGUCCCAUUAAAAGGAACAAGGAUGUAUUUAUGCUCUGAACUUGACUAAUUUGUGCAAAAUUUUUAAACCGGAGGAAAAUAAUCAGGAAGAUGGGAUAUCUUUACUGUAAAUCACUCCUAUGCAUUUGUUAAACUGACCUAAUGCUUAUGAGUGAUACUAAUAUAGCCACUUGUUAGGCAAUUCAGAAUUACUAGGAUAGUUUAUGAUUUUCAACCUCGGAGAGACGACUAAACCAGUCAAGAAGAGCACAAUAACAAAUAAAAUACAGUUUCUGGCAAAAAUGGAAAGCUAUGAUUUCAAGCUUUAUUCACACUCAAGAAGGAUCUACCAAGAACUGUUCAUAACUGAGAAGAAAAUUACCUGCUUAUGGAAGGAGUGGCAGACAUAUUUCCAUGUAUGGACUUCCCUAUACUUAUUUGAUAGACUUUUU